CCCUCCGCGGUUCUCAAUCAUGGUUCCGCGCUGCUGUAGUUAUGUUUUUUUAUCGAGGGGAAUAGUUGCAAAUAUCAAUGUAUAUUCCAUGUCAGAUAUUAUUUAGUAACGUUUCUAUUUCAUGCUUUAUCUUUCGAGAAUGUCGGUUCCAGAAUCCAAGAGUGCUCGGGUAAUAAGUGUAUUGAUUGGACACACGUGGGACAGCAUCCCCGUAACACAUGACCCCGUGAAGAUCACGUUUUCCCCUGGAGAUGGGGGGUUAAUGAUGAAGGUCUCUGGGCCCUUCUUUAAUGAUCCGGAGGCUCCUAACGGGCCUCCUGGCCUGCCGUUCCCCGCACUCUGGGACUAUGAAGUGGUGGAGGCCUUUUUUUUGGACAGCACUACUGAAAAUUACCUUGAGGUAGAACUCUGUCCACAUGGACAGCACCUGGUGUUGUUGCUGUCAGGGAGAGGACAAGCAUUCCAGCAACAACUGCCGCUGUCGUUCAAUGCCACCGUCUCAGGGGGCCGCUGGGAGGGGGGGGCCCUCCUGCCCUGGGCCUUCUUCCCCCCCAACGUCAACAAGAUGAAUUCCUACGCCAUCCACGGCUCUGGAGCCGGCCGCACCUACGAAGCUCUCCACCCGGUCCCCCGUGAAGACCUCGUGGAAGGACAAAAGCCCAACUUCCACCUCCUGGAAUAUUUCCAAGACUUUUCCCUGCAAAGCAUCAUGGGAGAAGGCUGGGUCCAGCCAGAGUCUGAUCUCUGGAAAGGAAAGUGCUGAUUGUAGCGAAACACACUUGCUUGUUUUUCUUCCUUACAUGCGCACAGAAACAUACCCACACAAGGACACACACACACACACACACACACACACACACACACACACACACACACACACACACCACAACAGAGUGGCAGGCCAAUAGCAAGACCAAAGUCAUUGACGGGGAACAAAGAGCAAUCGAUCUUUAUUAGUUAAUGAUGUCAAAUGGGCUGACAUGAAAUAUGUUAUCAGCUUGUCACAGAGUGUUAGAUGGCAUGCACUGGGCCACACACAAUCACACACACACACACAUGCACUUGACCACACACACACACACACACACACACACACACACACACACAUGGACUAGGCCACACACACAUAAACACACAUGCACUAGACCACACACACACACAAAGAAACAUACACAUACACAUACACAGACACACACAAACACACACACUUGCCCGCACAGACACGCGUACACACAAAUGCCGGCACAUCCACAUACUCACUCACCCUGUCACAAUAUCUUCGACAUAACCUUAAAUUGCCUCGUCGGAUUGUGACCUCAUGCGGCCGAUAGGGAGGGGGGAGGAGGGGGGAGGAGGGCCGACUGUGGCAUUCAGCUCUCGUCUGUGCGCGGGCACUGCGUCUCGGGGGGGAAAUGAACCACGGCCUCUAAUGGUGACUCUCUCUUACCUUGAUCUAUCGCACCAAACAGCAUUGUAUUACAAUCACUCCACUAGCCUCACUGUUGAUCAAACCGCUCACGCUAAUGAAUAUUCAGUGCAAACGUCUUUGUAAUCCUACGCUCUCUCAAUAAAGAUCUUAGUAC